AUGGUCCGCCUCAAGAACCGUUACCUUCUUCUGGACAUCCUCUAUCCAGACCAAUCGACAUGGCCAUCCUCCAAAUCCCCGUCCUCAACAGGCCCCCAAGCCACCCAACUAGCCAUCCAUUCCCCAACCUCCAACGCGCUGACUCCAGGCCUCCUUGCUAAGAUGGUGCGCGAGGAAGUCGGUGAGAUGUAUGGAGACUGGGGCGUUGGCAAGCUCGGCGGUGCCUCGGCAUCUGGAAUUCACGUCAAGUACCUCUCCCCCGCCACAUCCACAGCCAUCAUCCGCUGUCCGCGCGCAUCAUUCCGUCUCGUUUGGUCUGCGCUCACCUAUAUGUCCCACGUGCCCGCCAUCACAGAGCCAGGUCCAGGCACGGCACAGCGACGUCCCAACGGUGGUCGUGAGCGGCCGUGCGUGUUCCGCGUCCUACGCGUAUCGGGGACAAUGCGGAAAGCAGAAGAGGAAGCCAUCCGCCGCGCGCGGAGAGAGAUCGUGCGCGUGCGGGGCAUGGAAGAGAAAGGCGUAUUAGGCGAUUUGAUCAGUGGGAAAGAGACCGUUUCGGUCAUGGAUAGUGUGAUGGACGAAAGUGAGGAUGAGGGCAUGCCCACCGAUGACGAAGCUUGA